AUGGCUCGCACCAAGCAGACGGCCCGCAAGUCCACCGGCGGCAAGGCCCCGCGCAAGCAGCUGGCCACCAAGGCCGCCCGCAAGAGCGCCCCGGCCACCGGCGGCGUGAAGAAGCCGCACCGCUACCGGCCCGGCACCGUGGCGCUGCGCGAGAUCCGGCGCUACCAGAAGUCCACCGAGCUGCUGAUCCGCAAGCUGCCGUUCCAGCGCCUGGUGCGCGAGAUCGCGCAGGACUUCAAGACCGACCUGCGCUUCCAGAGCUCGGCCGUGAUGGCGCUGCAGGAGGCCAGCGAGGCCUACCUGGUGGGUCUGUUCGAGGACACCAACCUGUGCGCCAUCCACGCCAAGCGGGUCACCAUCAUGCCCAAGGACAUCCAGCUGGCCCGCCGCAUCCGCGGGGAGAGGCAGUCUCCUCACCGCACAUCUGACUACAUUAAAGAUGAGAAGGGUCUGGGCAAAGGCUGUGCUAAACGCCACUGCACAGUCCUGAACAACACAGAGAAGGAUCCCCAAGCCCGCUCCCUGCCUCCCGGCACAGCAGGGCGGCAUCCAAAGCAUCACCGGAGAGCUAUUCCAGAGGCUGCCUUAGUCUCCCAGGGCUGUAUACAUUUUUCUCAGGGCAGCACAGUAUAUAAACGCAGGCUUUCCUACAGCUUUAACUACUGGGGUCCUUUCCCUGCUUCUGAAAUGGCUCGCACCAAGCAGACGGCCCGCAAGUCCACCGGCGGCAAGGCCCCGCGCAAGCAGCUGGCCACCAAGGCCGCCCGCAAGAGCGCCCCGGCCACCGGCGGCGUGAAGAAGCCGCACCGCUACCGGCCCGGCACCGUGGCGCUGCGCGAGAUCCGGCGCUACCAGAAGUCCACCGAGCUGCUGAUCCGCAAGCUGCCGUUCCAGCGCCUGGUGCGCGAGAUCGCGCAGGACUUCAAGACCGACCUGCGCUUCCAGAGCUCGGCCGUGAUGGCGCUGCAGGAGGCCUGCGAGGCCUACCUGGUGGGUCUGUUCGAGGACACCAACCUGUGCGCCAUCCACGCCAAGCGGGUCACCAUCAUGCCCAAGGACAUCCAGCUGGCCCGCCGCAUCCGUGGGGAGAGGGCGUAAAGUUCACGGGUGUCUAU